GGCAAUGCCCCCUUUUGGUUGAUUGCCUUCGAGUGAUAUAGAAAUUAUAUAGAUACAUAAAUCCUGUUACAAGGAAAAAAUAUUGACAUUUAAAAAAAAAAGAAAGAAAAUAUUCGAAAAUGAUGAUGAAAAUCACGUGAGAUAUUGAAGCCUUAGGGGAUGAUAAUAAUAAUCAAUAAUAAUAAUAAUAAUAAUAUUAAUUUAUGAUAAUGAUAAUAAUGAGUGAGAAAGGGAGAUGCAACAACUAAAGAAGAAGAGAACGGCGGCGUAGCAAGAAGGAAAGGAAGAAGAAGAAGAAGAAGAAGAAGAGGAAGAAGAAGAGGAGGAGGAGGAACAAGAGAAUCGGAGAACACAGAAUCAAUCUCUCUCUUCCUUUCUCGCGGUGAUAAUUACUCUCAUUAUUUCUUGAGUCCCCGUUGUUCCAUUAAUCGUUCUCUCUCUCUCUCUCUUUAUCUCUCUCUCUCCUCAACUCUUCAUCUCUGUUUCCAUCCCUGUUCCUCUCUCUACUCCUCCCCCUCCCUUUAUUCCCGUUUCCUUGGUCCUAUGUAUCCCAUGGCUAUUCUGUGAUAUGUAGACAGCAGUGCAGUGGUUCCGGAGGCCUUAACGUAAGGAGUAAAAGCAAAAGACAGAGAGAAUAUAUAUAUAUAUAUACACACACACACGUACAUAAGCCGAGCGAGAUGUUAAUAUUUUCUAUAUCGAUAUUCUAUGUGAAUUCAGUGGAUAUCUGACCUUAUAGUUUAAGACUUGGAUAAUUGUAUUUAUAUAUCAUAACUGCGAGAUACGUUGUUAUAUAUCCGUGUACACAUACAUAUAUAUAUAUAUAACGUAUAUCAUAGGAAGAGAAGAAAAAAGAGAAGAGGAAAAAAAAAGAAUAGAAAAAAGAAAAAAGUAUUUUCGAAUUCGGUGCGAUGUCUUGAUAUCACAUUGGAAUUUAUGAGAAUUUGUUGUGGUUUUUGUGUGAAAGCUUUUGAGGAGCCGUUGAGAAAGAAUCAAUAAAGCUUUUACGUACAAUCACAGAAAGAUUAGAGAUUUAGAAAAGAAAGAAAAAAAAGAAGAAAAAAAAGAAAGAGACUUAGUGAAAAAAAGAAUAUUAGAAUAUAGAAAAAGAACUAGAGAAAAAGAAAAAAACGAAAAACAGUGGAAGAAAUAUAAACCUCUAUUACUUUUUUUUAAGUGAAAAAAAAUAUAGAGAAAGAAGAGAGAUAUUGGAUGGCAUUUCGUUCUAGCCUUGCCUAGGCCUAAAAUCAUCUCCUGUUAUCAUUCGGUAGGCUUACCUCCUACCCACAGCAUAUCACGGAGCCUUGAGAAGAUAUGAGGCAAGAGUGAGUGCUCAUCCACGCCUCAUAACGCCGCGCCCGUUUUCUUCGGCAAACAUCGUCGGACUUGAGCCGACACUGCUGUUACCUGGACCUCCCCUGGCCGGCUGGUACAAGAGCGCGACGAUGACCCGCGGCGGGGGCAGGCGGGUCCCCCCCCCGGCACCCGCCCCCGGGCCCGCCCUCGUCCCCCGUCCCCGGCGCCUACGAUGAUCGGCGGGGAGCAUGGCAGCACAGCGCCCACGCCCGCCCACCCGCCCCACGACCAGUCAUCAGCGCUGCGGAAGAGGAAGCGCCUCAGUCAGGUGGUGCUGGAGCUGACCUCGCAGGCCGAACGUCGCUCCCCCGAAGACAAGCCGCCUCCGCCCCUCCCGCUCGCCCCCGCGGCGCCGGACCGCCCCGGCGCCCCCCCGCCGCACGACACCGCCAGCGGCCCGCCCCGCGACGCCAAGCCCCCGCAGGACAGGCCCCCCGACCAGCUCCCGAACGCCUUGUCCUCGCAGCCGCCGCCAGCCGAGAAGGAGCCCAUGUUCAGCCGCCAGCCCGAAGAUGCUCCCCCGGGGCCCGGCCACGACCAGGGGGAGGAGGCCGGCCUCAGCCCCGGCCUCAGCCCUGGCCUCAGCCCCGUGCCGGGCCAUAGCCCCGUCGCUGGCCACAGCCCCGUGCCCGGACACAGCCCAGUGCCCGGCCACAGCCCCGGCCUCAGCCCAGGGCUCAGCCCAGGGCUCAGUCCCGGCCUCAGCCCCGGCCUCAGCCCCAGGGUCACUGUCCAGGACGAGACCGGCCAAGAGGCCAUGAAGGUGGACACACCGCCUUCGCCCAAGGAGGGCCCAGGGGAGGCAGGAGGCACCAGCCCCCUGCCGGAGGCCCAGCAGCAGCAGAGGUCGCCUGGGGUCAUCCAGGUGCACAGAUCGGGCGAGGGCGGCAGCAGCAGCACCAGCAGCACCAGCAGCAGCUGCGGCAGCGCCGGCACCGCGCGCUCGCCCCGCGCCGUCCAGAGCGACGUGUUCCGGUUCGACUCCCUGGACCGCGAGCGGUACCUCUGCCGCGCCAUCAGCGAGGAGGACGAGGAGGUGUUCUCGCCCGGCCUCCCGUCGCACAGUCCGCACGCCAGGGACUCGCCCGCCCUCGCCAGGGUCAACUCCGACUCGCCCAAGCUGUCCUUCAGCCCCCUCAGGAUCAAGGACCCCAGCAUCGAUGAGGAGGACCUGGACCUGGACUCGAAGUCGUCGUGCACGGCGUCCUCGCUGGCGUCCGGCGACCCGCCCGGCGUCGGCUCCGUCAUCCGCGGCAUCCUGCCCAAGCUGAGCGUCGUGCGCAGCGACGCCUCCGACCCCGGCGGGCACUACCAGCCCUGCACCUGCCAGCACUGCGCCCUGUCUGCACGGGACCCGCACCGCCUGGGCCCCGCGGGCGUCCCGCACUCGCCCAUCUCACCGCUCACGCCCUCCUCCCCGCACACGCCCAUCUCGCCCUCCCCAGGACACAAUGUCGAGCACUACUUCCCGCCCACCGUCUACCUGCCCGACCUGUACCGGCGCCGCUCGCACUCGGACUCGGACCUGCAGCUGUGGUUCGACCAGAAGGCGCGCUCCAGCGAGGUGCCCGCCAGCAGCGGCGGCCAGACGUCGGCGGGGCCCUCGGGCGAGCAGCAGACCUCCGCCACGCGCGGCUCCGUCCUGCGCCACGGCCGCCCCAUCCCGCAGCCGCUCUACCUGCCCCGCAAGGGCGGCUCCCUCGAGUCCGACAACUCCACGCCGCAGGACUCGCCGCUCGACCUGUCCGUGAAGACGGCCGGGAGCGUGAAGACGGGCAGCUCCUCCAGCACGGAUAGUCUAGUCUUGCCGGGCUCGGUGCCCCUGUCGUCGCCGCACUCGCCCCACCUGGCGGCGCCGAAGGACAUCACCCCUCCCCCCAGGUCCCCCGGGGCGCCCGACCACCGCCAGACCUCGGCUUCGUCCCUGCCGGUGCCCGUGGUUAAGGGCGACGUGGCCUCCUACAGCACCAAGGACAGCGUGGCCCUCCGCUACCACCUCGAGGUGUCCCCCGUGGUGGAGGAGAUGCCCCCGGGGGCGGACGUGGCCUUCGUGUGCCCCGUCUGCGGCCAGAUGUUCUCGCUGCACGACCGCCUGGCCAAGCACAUGGCGUCGCGGCACAAGAGCAAGCAGGUGGACAGCACCAGCAAGACGUACAUGUGCGACGUGUGCAAGCGCUCGUUCGCCCGCUCCGACAUGCUCACGCGCCACAUGCGGCUGCACACCGGCCACAAGCCGUACACCUGCCGCGUGUGCGGACAGGUGUUCUCGCGCUCGGACCACCUCUCGACGCACCAGCGGACGCACACGGGCGAGAAGCCCUACAAGUGUCCGCAGUGUCCGUACGCCGCCUGCCGCCGCGACAUGAUCACGCGCCACAUGCGGACCCACGCGCGCUACGAGCUGCACGAGUCGUCGUCCAUGGAGGAGGGCGGCGAGGUCGCGCGCCCCAGCCUGCCGGUGCGGUCGCUCUCGGAGGAGCACCCGGCGCCCUCGCCGCUUCUGGACCUGCCCGGCCUCUCCGCGCCCCCCAAACACACCCCGCAGGGCUCGCCCGGGCCCCACGCUGCCAGCGGCGGCGGCGGGGCGCAGAAGCAGGCCCUGGGCGCCCCUCCGGGCAUCGCAGGGGUGGGCCUGGCCGGGCCGGGCAUGUCGGGGCACCUGCCGCCGCAGAUGCAGCGACCCCGGAAGCAGGAGGAAGACUGAGGGGGGCCAGCGCCACUCGUCUGGUUCCUGUUUUUGCCUCGUUGAGGUUUGUCUCUGGCUGGAGGUCGUCCCUCCUUGGCAGGGAGGCCGCUGGUGGCCAGAGGCGCGCCCAGCCUCUCGGCGUUGUUUGUGUGGCGGAG